CGCGCAACGGUCUUAUUCCUCCGCCGACUUACCACUUACCUUCUCCUCCACAUCUUAAACUAUUCGUUGCCCCUCGAACAAAUCUGAAAUCAACGCUUUUUACCAUUUUAUCCAUUCUCCCAUUCCAGAGGCUCUGUAGUGGGUCUAAGGGAGAGGAAAGUGAGUAUUUCGAUCGCGGAACAAUACACAGAGGGCGGACUAGCUGCACUUGUCACCGAGGAAGACAUCUUGGAUAGUGUCGGUGUCGCCGCGUCUCGCUCUGGAUGGGUUACUACGGCUCGAAAUAGUCCCUUUUUACCCACGGAUUUCUCGCCUCUUUACCCCUUAGCUCCACCUCCACCGGCAAGAUGACACAGGCGUUACCCAUACGGUUUCAGGAGCAUUUACAGCUCACACCAUGGACACAGAAAUCCAGUUCUGGAAGUGGAUAUCAUCCAAUAAGUUGGCUUUGGUCACCGAAACUGCAGUGUAUCAUUGGAGCAUGGAUGGAGAUGCUCAGCCACAGAAGAUGUUUGAUAGACAUAGCAGUUUGAAUGGCUGUCAGAUCAUCAACUAUCGCACAGAUGCUAAACAGAAUUGGCUGCUGCUGAUUGGCAUCUCAGCCCAGCAGAAUCGCGUGGUUGGUUUUAUGCAGCUGUACAGUGUGGAACGUAAAGCAAGCCAGCCUAUUGAAGGUCAUGCUGCUGGUUUUACUACUUUCAAGAUGGAAGGUAAUGCAGAACCGUCAACAUUAUUCUGUUUUGCUGUGCGCAAUGCCCAAGGUGGAAAAUUGCACAUCAUUGAAGUGGGUCAGCCUGCUGCAGGUAACCAGCCAUUCACCAAAAAGAAUGUGGAUGUAUUUUUCCCACCAGAAGCACAGAAUGACUUCCCAGUAGCUAUGCAGGUUAGUAGUAAGCAUGAUGUCAUCUAUCUCAUCACCAAGUAUGGUUAUGUUCACCUCUAUGACAUCGAAAGUGGGACCUGUAUCUUCAUGAACCGCAUUAGUGGAGAUACCAUCUUCGUCACAGCACCCCAUGAGCCCUCCAGUGGCAUCAUUGGAGUCAACCGCAAGGGGCAGGUAUUAAGUGUAAGUGUUGAUGAAGAGAAUAUCAUUCCUUACAUCACCAAUGUGCUACAGAAUCCAGACCUUGCCCUACGCAUUGCCACAAGGAACAAUCUUGCUGGUGCAGAAGACUUGUUUGUUCGGAAGUUUAACACACUGUUUCAGGUGGUAGCAGCCACUUUCGAUGUCCACCAAAAUAAUAUGAAUUUUCACCUUAUCUUAGAAAAUUGGCAAAUGUGACAACGAUUAGUUAUA